UAGUUUAUUGUUGUGUGUGGGGGGACCCUUUGCUUGAGGUCGCCUCUUCAGACAGAGGUCAAAGGACACGACAGGAUGCCUGGCUCCAGUGGCGUCAAUGUGGAGGGUUCCUGUGAGGCCCUGUGUCGGACCCUGGUGUCUCAGAACACCCUCCAGAGAGAGACCACCGACAUCUCCCAGUCGGUGCUCUACACGUCGCUGAUGGGCCUGCUCCUGGUCACCGACAACGAGGAAGGGCCUCUGGCUUUGGGAAGCGGAAGACUCRGGCUCAGGAAUAUUGGAAACACAUGUUUCCUGAACGCMGUGGUCCAGUGUUUGUCUCACACACGGGUCUUGCGGAACUAUUGCCUCUUGAAGUCCUACAAGCAUGAGAAGUACUCCAAAGAGGAUGCAAAGCUCAUGGACUCUUUCUCUCAGGUGCUGUCAGGCCUUUGGGUUGUGACUGAAGGRGACACGGUUGUAAAUCCUCGACACUUUUACUGUAUUUUCAAAGAAACAGUGCCUUACUUCAAUGGUUACAGUCAACAGGACGCUCAGGAGUUCCUCAGGUUUCUGUUGGACAAGCUCCACACUGAAAUAAAUCGCCGACCAAACGUUAAGAGAAUGGUGAAAGAGCCGGAGCAAAAAUAUGCCAGAUUUCGGAUUUCGGAGGAGGCAGCUGCCAUGUGGAAGAAGCACUUGGAGAGAGAUGACAGUGUAAUAGUAGACCUGUUCUCUGGCCAGCUGCGGAGCUCGCUUCACUGCUCGGUUUGCUCGCACUACUCCAACACAUUCGAUGUGUUUUGCGACCUGUCGCUGCCCAUCCCCAAACGGAGCUCUGGGGGGGAGGUCACACUGCAGGAGUGUCUGGACCUGUUCUCCCAGGAGGAAAAACUGGACAAGGAAAACUCGCCAAUGUGUGCGAGGUGUAACAGGCGGACAGAGUGCACCAAGCGGCUGUCCAUCCACAGGUUUCCUCAGGUCAUAGUGAUCCACUUGAAUCGUUUCACAACAUCCCGGUGGUCUAUCAGUAAAAGCACCGUGUACGUGUCAUUUCCUCUCACAAAGCUAGACCUCGGACGCUACGGACCUGUCGACUGUGGUUCUGUUCUGUACGACUUGUAUGCAAUAUGUAACCAUGCUGGGACUGUGAACAUGGGCCAUUACACGGCCUGUUGUUUAGACGACAAUGGUUGGUGCUUGUACAACGACUCCAGUGUGACCCUGCUCACGGAGAACCAGCUUCAGACCAAUCAAGCUUAUGUGCUGUUCUACCAGCGCAGCAACAGCACCGCCGCCGUCAGGAAAUAGUCCCGCGAUCGAACGGCUGAGCCAGGCAGCCAAUCAGAACAACUUUACCUCCUGUGUCCAUAGAAACAAAUAGAAGCUGCAGAGUUGUAACCCUGACAUCUACAGUAAARUAAAUAAAUAAAUAAAAAACAUCUUUUCAGUCUCAAUGAGCACAACUUCAAACCACAUGGAAGAGGGAGAAGCCAUGCUCAAUUUCACAUGGAUUAAAUCUUGGAUCUGCUUUUAAAAUGACUGACAAAGAAAUGAGACAGCUCAGAAAACCUGCCGCCACGAGUGUCUGCUUCCUAAUUCUCAGGCAGGCAGGAGUGAAAGAGUCAUGAACCUGAGAUGUACUUACACAUCAUAAAGAAAUCAUGAUGUAUGCGUAGUAUGAUGUUCUAUACGUGAUUCAUGAUUGCUAAUAUGAGCACAAAUACCAAAAGUGAACUAAAUAGAACUGUCAAUGAGGAAAGUUCUCAUGAUUUAUGAUGUGUGCAAAGAUUCAUUUUACAACUUCUUUAUUUAUAAGUGCAUAUAAAUAAAUCAAAUCUUGCAGUUAAUCAAUAAAAGAUUUUGUUAAGAACUGUCA